AUGGUUGAGAUUAUUCCUGAAAUUAAGGCUCUGGGCAAAAAGCAACACGGAGAAUGUCUUGCAGGUGAACUUCUUCUCUACCUAGGGAUACACUCUUUCGUGCCUAUGUUCGAUAAAGAUGGAAACCCUUGCAACUAUGGAAAGAGGGAUUCGGAUGCGCCUGCUGAUGAAGCCCUGGUGGAAUUGAUCACUGCUGUGAACGACAGCGAAAACAUAUAUCACGACAUCCCGUGGGAGACGAAGAAAGCGGAUUGGCUUCAGACGAUCCUCAGUGGCAAGACGCAGUUGAGCACAAUGGGUGUUGAUGGUUAUUUCGAGAAAUCUGAGUGUCUACUUAGAGCAUAG